AAAGUGUUAACUCAAAGCUGCGUCGUAAGUCUCAUGACAAAUGCUAUCACAAUUCAUAGACAACCAACAAUAGUGGUUUCUGCAGACCAUUUUUUUUUUGUAUAUUCAAGUGCCUGUCGCUUAUUUGUUAUUUCUAUAUGCUCUGCAACCUGUAUUUGAACAUAUAGAAACCGCAGCUUUGUAAAAUGCUAUAGUGUCCGUCCUUCCCUCCCCCAUUCCCUCAGUCUCCGGUCUCCAGAGUAAACACGAUAAGCGCGCCAAGUGGCCUGUCCAGUAACGUGACUAUUCUUAUCAGCUUUCAUUUAUGAGCCCUCCUUUUUUCGCUCGUCGGUUCGCCUAAGGUGCCCUCAGUCCACACACAAGCAUGGCGUGCUACGGAGCAAAUACGUACAGGCCAGUGUGCGAAUGGGUGAUCUGCCUCGAGGAUCGUAUUCCCUACCACGCCGUGCCUGGCGGAGAAGACAGCGGAGAGACCAUCUACAUUGGUCGUGCCGUCCACAACGGUAGCGUCAUCCCGGGCAAGGUGGUGCCGUCCCACAGAUGUUGCUACGUGUCCGCCGACGGCGCCGAGCAUAGCCACCAUGAGUACCAGGCCCUUGUCACGGAGAGCAGCCAAUUCGACUGGAUCCCAGCCUCCGACGGAUUCCUGCCCAGCGGUGCUGUUCAAGGAGGCUCGUGCGUGACCGGCGAGCCCCUUUACAUCGGUCGGACGUACCACGAGGGCACCCUGACUAUCGGAAAGAUCCAGCCGUCCCACCGUUGCCUCUACAUUCCCUACGGCGGCGAAGAGCACUGCUACCACGACUACGAAGUGCUUGUUUGCAAGACCGUCAACUUUUGAGCAUUGAUGGAGAGGCCCCAGAACUGGCCAAGGUAGCGCUUGGGUGAACUAGCACAGUGGCUCAGAUGGCAUUCUCUUUUCAAAGUCUAGGUGGAGUAUCACCGAGACACUAGGACUAAUAAGCUUUUCAGUUCAAUUGAUGUUGCUGUUUUGGGGGUUUAAUGAAGUGUAUGUGUAGCACCUACUUGGGGCUUCAAAGUUGCGGUAGGGGAAGGCUUCCCAACGAUGCUGAUCCCGAUUUAUUUGCUUCGUCCGCAGGUUGCCCGCUAGUCGCUCUGGCGAUAAUUGUGGAAAAUAAAAGUCCAGAUGUGAAUAUAUAA